GUCGUCGUCGUCAAUCUCGUCUAUUCUCUCCCGGAAAGCCUCCCUUAGACCCCUCCAGACGACAUCGGUUAUAAAAGCGAAGCACCCACAUUCACCGCAACACCAAUUCUUGAGUCUCCCAAACAAGCCCUCACCGCCGACUUCCGGCGGGCUCGACAUGGGCUGCAAAUACGCCAUGGCAGCGUGCUUCACCAGAGGGUUCCUGAUGGGUAUCUCGCACUCGUACCAGCUGGAAUUAUGCGUCGGAGACGUAAUCGCCGCGGCGGGCGAUGGCGGCAACAGGUCCUUCAAGCUUACGUAUGACACCGACUGUAUCGUUAUCAUCUCAAUAUCAGAAGUCUGAGACGACCCAAAUCCGUUGUGGAGGAGAAAAGUAGAGGAAUGGGAGUUGGGAGAAAACCCAAGAUUUGGGCGUGGGUCGGUGUUUUUGAUUGAUUUUGGGUCUUUAAUUAUAGAGACAGAUUCCAUGAUUGAAUGAAUGAAUAAUAAAAUGGAAAGUUGAUG